UUUCCACCAAAGAAGCCUCACUAAACUAAGUCAACCUGAGUAAAGCCGGGCUGUUUGGUUGGAGCUGGUAUCCGCAGAGGGGCUCCGUGCCCGCCUCUGCCUUCUCCAGGCCGGCCAACUCCGUGUUCUCCGAGACAGCACGGCCUUCUCCGGAAUUCUGAGUAAGGAGCACUCCUUGGAAGCAGGAGUCUUUGGUCUUCCGAGUCUGAGCUCAGAAGGAGAGCUGCCAGCUCCUUUAGGUCACUGAUUACAGCUAAAGAGCUUGGGAGCGAGUGGACCUACUUCCCUUCUCGAAGAAGUCACAGUUGCUUCCAGACGAACAGGACACUGCCCCUCGAUGACAUUCCUGAUGACAUUCCUCGGGAGUUGCUCGCUGGUCCUGCCCCCUGGGCCCUGUGGGCCCUGAGGGUGGCGUGGCGUCUCAUGCUUCUCUUGGCUCCGGGUGCCUGUCGCCCGCCUCUCCAUGCACUCCAGCACCCCCAUCAGCUCCCUCUUCUCCUUCACCAGCCCCGCAGUGAAGAGACUGCUCGGCUGGAAGCAAGGAGAUGAGGAGGAGAAGUGGGCCGAGAAGGCGGUCGACUCUUUAGUGAAGAAGUUAAAGAAGAAGAAAGGAGCCAUGGAUGAGCUGGAGAGAGCCCUCAGCUGUCCAGGGCAGCCCAGCAAGUGUGUCACCAUUCCCCGGUCCCUGGAUGGGCGGCUGCAAGUGUCCCACCGCAAGGGUUUGCCCCACGUCAUUUAUUGCCGGGUGUGGCGCUGGCCCGAUCUCCAGUCCCACCAUGAGUUGAAGCCCCUGGAGUGCUGUGAAUUCCCAUUUGGCUCUAAGCAGAAAGAGGUGUGCAUCAACCCUUACCACUACCGCAGGGUGGAGACUCCAGUGCUGCCUCCAGUCCUCGUGCCAAGACACAGCGAAUACAACCCCCAGCUCAGCCUUCUGGCCAAGUUCCGCAGCACCUCCCUCCACAGCGAGCUGCUCAUGCCGCACAAUGCCACCUACCCUGACUCCUUCCAGCAUCCGCUGGGCUCAGCAUUCCCUCCGUCACCCAGCCAUGCCUUCUCGCAGUCCCCGUGCACUGCCAGCUACCCUCACUCCCCAGGAAGUUCCUCGGAGCCAGAAAGCCCACAUCCGCACUCAGUUGACUCCCCACCGGGCCUUAUCAUGUCAUCUGAAGCCGCAGGGACCCAGAAGGGCAGGCCUGCAGAUGCCACAGCUGAUAGUCACUUAGCACUGUCCAUGCCUAAUGGAGACUUCCGGCCAGUGUGCUACGAGGAGCCGCAGCACUGGUGCUCCGUCGCCUACUAUGAGCUGAAUAACCGGGUUGGGGAGACCUUCCAGGCUUCCUCCCGGAGUGUGCUAAUAGACGGAUUCACAGACCCUUCCAGUAACCGCAACAGAUUCUGCCUUGGACUUCUCUCCAACGUGAACAGAAACUCAACCACAGAAAAUACUCGGAGACACAUAGGAAAGGGUGUUCACUUGUACUACGUCGGUGGUGAAGUGUACGCCGAGUGCGUGAGUGACAGCAGCAUCUUCGUACAGAGCCGGAACUGCAACUACCAGCAUGGCUUCCACCCAGCAACCGUCUGCAAGAUCCCCAGCGGCUGUAGCCUCAAGAUCUUCAACAACCAGCUCUUUGCUCAGCUACUCGCACAGUCAGUCCACCACGGGUUUGAAGUCGUUUAUGAGUUGACAAAGAUGUGCACCAUCCGGAUGAGCUUUGUUAAGGGCUGGGGAGCUGAGUACCACCGCCAGGAUGUCACAAGCACCCCCUGCUGGAUCGAGGUUCAUCUUCACGGACCACUGCAGUGGUUAGACAAAGUCCUGACGCAAAUGGGCUCUCCGCAUAACCCUAUUUCAUCAGUGUCCUAACAGCCCUCUUUUAAGCCAAGCCACAUUCCUAUAGAGUCCAUGCUACUGUAGGCAGUUCGCUUAUAUAAGGGGGCUUCUGAAUGCUCAUGGAACGAAGGAAGUACAAGAUGAUGGAAUUCUCCCAGGAACUUUUUUGAAGCCCCCUUGUAUAAUGACAGAUUUAGAGUUAACAAAAGCUCCCAAAUACCUGUAGAAAUACAUAUAGCAGACACUAUCCUUUUUCUCAAAGUGUUAUUUGUUGUGUGUCUUCUAGUUAACCUGAUGCCAAUACAGUGAGACUAGAAUAGCAAAGGACCGUCAGAAGCAUCUUCGUCCACAGGAGGUACCAGGUAAAGGCGACUGGGCCAACGGUAUUCAAAGGCUGUUGGCAGAGGCAAGGGCAGCUUCUGGCUUUAACUUCAGGCUAAGGCGUGCGGUGUGGACAAGCAGGAAAAUACUAGAACUGUUUCCAAAGCAAAACCAAGCCCUAGGAGCACAAGAGCAAACGACACUGAGACAAAACAGUCCGACCUGUGUAGUGUAAGGCUCUCCCUUUGAAGGCUGUUGGCAAGCAGCAGCAUCAGGCGUGUGCAGUCAGUGAUGAGGGUAAGCCACAGCUCCUGUUUGAAUGGUGGUAAAUGUAUAUGUCACAAUGAAUCUGACAUUUCCACAGUCUUCAUCUGGACACCUCAAUGACAUGAACUAACUUCCGAUGUCAAAAUGCCUCGUUGGACUAUUGUGGUGAUACUAAUGCUACAUUGGAAACAAAAGUAAACUGUGAUUGGAAGAGGAAAAACUGUGAAGCUUAGAGUCCUCUUGCUUCGUACACUUCCAUUGCACAAGAACAAAAACAUGCAAGACUGAAGUCGAAUAUGGGAACAUGCAUAUGAAAACAGCAUGGAAUGAGUUAUCUUCCAAAUAGCGGGAUUGGACCAGAACAGUCCAGCCAUCACCCAAUAGAAAAUCACGUUCCCAUUUUUCUGGUCGGCUGUGUCAGCAGCCCCGCCGAUAUCCGAGUCGAUACAAUUGGUAUACACCGUGUGUUUAAAUCCUGUGUAGAAUCCUUUGGUAUAAUGGUUACAUGUUGGGCUGCUGAUUGCGAGGUAAGCAGUUCAAAACCACCAGGCACUCUGAGGGAGAGAG